AGCAUCCAUGGUUUCACCGGCGCAGCCUUCCACCAACAAUGUGACCAGCGUGGUCCCACAGUGUCUGUGGGCUAUAACGCCUCCGGUUAUGUGUUUGGAGGCUACACCCAACAACCCUUCACUCAGUCUGGACAGUACGUGCAUGAUGACCAGGCCUUUCUUUUCACCUUCAGAGGAGAAAGGCUCCUCAAAUAUCCAGUUACUGGCCCCGCUAAUGCAGUGAGAAUGAUAGCCAACUCUGGUCCAUAUUUUGGAGAAGCGUUGGUUCUUGUUAAUGGAAGCAAAGCAGUUGUCUAUAGCAAUCCAGGAAGUUAUUACAACUUCAAUGCUGCAGAAAUGCAUGGCAACGACCUGAACCUGACUGAGUGUGAAGUCUAUGAAGUCGAGGGUGAGUUCACUAUUAUUUGCCAUAUUUUGACUUUGAUGCUUUGUUUUGACAAAUCCACGCGCGUGGAAGAGUCUUUCUGCGUUGGCCCAAGGAAAGGAAUUCCUCAGCUGGUCCUGCUCACUAAAGUAGAUGAAGCCUGCCCUUUGGUGAAAGAGGACGUGAAAAACAUUUACAAGAGUGGCUACAUCAAGGAAAUAAUGCAGGAGGUCAGCGCUCAGCUCGGUGUGCCAGUGUCCUGUGUUGUGCCAGUGAAGAACUACUGCGAGGAGCUGGAGUUGGACCUGAGCUGCGACGUCCUGCUGCUCAGUGCUGUCAUGCAGAUGCUUCGCUUCGCAGACAAUUACUUUGAUGAAAUCAGUGACCAACUCAGCAACACCGAAGUCAAGGAAUAGGAAGUACCUGUGCAGCAGAUGUUUAUAUCUUGUCCAACUGUAAUGAAAUGUCCAUCACAAUAAUCCAUACAUUUACCUGCAGGUGAUGCUGCAUUGAAGAGUUCACUGUGAAUUUCCUCCCCUGAGUUCUCCAAGCACCCCUUGGAAUGCUGGGAGAUGUAGUGCCUCCAGAAUAACCUCAUUUUGACCGUGUCCCUCAGCUGUGAAAUGUUCAAUUUCCUUUCUGAUCUGGCUGUAAAUUCUUUACAAAUAACAAUAACUCAUACAUUUAAAAGUUAUUAUGACAGUGUCGGCUGAUUUACUGGGACAUUUAAUCACAAGUUUGACAAGCAAAGACAUUAUCAGAUAUUACUGCAAGUAUUAAAAUAUAUUCUUUACUGCAUGAUGACGUUAUUCACCUUUGCUUCAUUAUCUUUGUGUCAUGUUACUGAAGCUGAAGUCACAGUCAGCUGGUUCAGAGCAGUUUAUCAGAGCUCAUCUGCAUUGCUUCCUGUAGUCUGAUUUGUGUUCAGCUGCUAGGUGCGCACAUGGUGCUGUGCAAUGCAGUGAAAAAAACCUCAGUUAAUUAAUCAAUAGAAGAAAAUACAAUAAAAUUGUCAGUCAUGGAUGAUUGAAAUUGACCACUUGGGUUUAAUUCAGUUGUAGCUGAUGGUUAGGCCUAUACACUCUGCAAUUUGGUGUUUUGACGUAUGGUAACUUUUCAUGAGACUUGUUUUUUAGGAAUUUCCAGUUUGAUUUUCCAAUUCCCUCAUGAAUAUUUUAUGUUUUUGUCAAGAAAACAAUUUUCUAGUCUCUCAGAUGUUCCUUCUGUCAGAUAUAAUCGUGCUUAUUGUUAUUUUGCAUGACAUAUUCAGCCUGUGCUUCAAGUUGUAAACUCACUGAUAUUAAAAGCUCUUGCUGGCCAGA